UAGUGCGAUCGUUUCGUGGCCAGAGAGAGAGAGAGGGGGAGAGAGAGAGAGAGCAGAGCUUGAACUGACCGGCCGGUGCAGUACAAAUAAAAAUUAUACGAGCAAUCAUGUGGUUGCUGCCGCUGAUCUGCUUCGUCUUGGCCUUGCUGCUCGCCGCCGGCGCCAGCGGUGGUGGUGGUGCCGCGGCUGGAGGAGGAAAUGGCGGCGGCGGCGAGCGGCGUGGGGUAUACGUGGUGUACUUGGGCGCCGUGCCACCGCGGACCUCGCCCAACAUCCUCCAGCAGACCCAUCUCCGCCUCAUCGGCGCCGUGCUCAAAAGGGGGCAGCCAGUGGAGAGCGUGGUGGUGCAGCAGUACAAGUACGCCUUCUCCGGCUUCGCCGCGCGGCUGUCAGCGGCGGAGGCCGCCGCGCUCCGCCGGAAGCCCGGCGUCGUCUCCGUCUUCGCCGACCCUGUCUACCACCUCCACACCACCAGGUCAUGGGACUUCCUCCAGCAGCAGACGACGGCCGCCGUCGACGUCAAGACUGGCGGCUCCGCCCACCGCCGCCGCCGCUCGCCCCGCGCCCGCGCCGCCGCAGCAUCAGCGUCGACGUCGUCGUCCCCGACGGCCGACACCAUCAUCGGCCUCCUCGACUCCGGCGUCUGGCCCGAGUCCCCGAGCUUCGACGACGCCGGCUUUGGCCCUGUCCCCGCCAGGUGGAAGGGCGUCUGCAUGGCCGGCGAUGACUUCAACUCCUCCAGCUGCAACCGGAAGCUGAUAGGAGCAAGGUACUACGAUGUCGGCGGCGAGGCGAAGCGGCAGUCAGCACGGAGCAGCGGGAGCUCGCCGCGGGACGAGGCCGGGCACGGGACGCACACCUCGUCGACGGCGGCCGGGAACGCGGUCACCGGUGCGUCGUACUACGGCCUCGCGGCGGGGACGGCCAAGGGCGGGUCGGCGUCGUCGAGGGUGGCCAUGUACCGCGUCUGCUCCGGGGAGGGGUGCGCCGGGUCGGCCAUCCUCGCCGGGUUCGACGACGCCGUCGCCGACGGCGUCGACGUCAUCUCCGUCUCCCUCGGCGCGUCGCCCUACUUCCGCCCGGACUUCUCCGACGACCCCAUCGCCAUCGGCUCGUUCCACGCCGUGGCCAAGGGCAUCAUGGUCGUCUGCUCCGCCGGCAACGCAGGGCCGGACGCCGCCACCGUCGUGAACGCGGCGCCGUGGAUCCUUACCGUCGCGGCGAGCACGAUCGACCGCUACUUCCAAUCGGACGUCGUGCUCGGCGGCAACAACACCGCUGUCAAGGGUGGAGCUAUAAACUUCUCCAACUUGAACAAAUCACCAAAAUAUCCAUUGAUCACCGGUGAAUCAGCCAAGUCCAGCUCAGUUUCUGAUACCGAGUCAGCAAGUCACUGUGAGCCGGGGACGCUGGAUGCGAGCAAGAUAAAAGGGAAGAUCGUGCUGUGUCACCACUCGCGGAACAGCGACACGCCCAAGACGGAGAAGGUCGGGGAGCUCAAGAGCGCCGGCGCGGUUGGCGCCGUCCUCGUCGACGACCUUGAGAAGGCCGUCGCCACCGCCUACAUCGACUUCCCUGUCACGGAGAUCACCUCCAACGCCGCCGCCGACAUUCACAAGUAUAUCUCCUCCACCAGUGAGCCUGUCGUGACCAUCACGCCGACGAUCACCGUGACGGAGUACAAGCCGGCGCCGGUGGUCGCCUACUUCUCCUCGAGAGGCCCGUCGCCGCAGACGCCCAACAUCCUCAAGCCGGACGUGGCGGCGCCGGGGGUGAACAUCCUGGCGUCAUGGAUCCCGACGUCGACGCUCCCGGCCGGCGAGGAGAAGCCGUCGCAGUUCAACCUCGUGUCGGGGACGUCCAUGGCCUGCCCGCACGUGGCCGGGGCGGCGGCCGCCGUCAGGGCGUGGAACCCGGCGUGGAGCCCUGCGGCGAUCCGGUCGGCGAUCAUGACGACGGCGGCCCAGCUGAACAACGACGGGGCGGCCGUGACGACCGACUCGGGGUCGCCGGCGACGCCGUACGACCACGGCGCGGGCCAGGUGAACCCGGCCGCCGCGCUGGACGCCGGGCUGGUGUACGAGCUCGGCGAGGAGGACUACCUCCAGUUCCUCUGCGACUACGGCUACGACGCGUCCCAGAUCAAGCUGGUCGCCGCCUCCCUCCCCGGCGGCUUCAGCUGCGGCGCCGGCGGCAACGCCAGCGACAGCAAGGACCUCAUCUCCGGCCUCAACUACCCGUCGAUCGCCGUCACGGGGCUCGGCAAGGCCGGCGGCACCAGGACGGUGAGCCGCGUCGUCACCAACGUCGGCGCGCAGCAGGAGGCGACCUACACCGUCGCCGUCGCGGCGCCGGCCGGCCUGGACGUGAAGGUGGUGCCCGGCAAGCUGGAGUUCACUAAGAGCGUGAAGAAGCUGGGUUUCCAGGUGUCCUUCUCCGGCAAGAACGCCGCGGCGGCGGCCAAAGGGGACCUGUUUGGGUCAAUAACGUGGUCGGAUGGAAAGCAUACAGUUCGUAGCCCAUUCGUUGUCACCAUCUGAGAGUGAGAUCACACACAUCAGUGUGCAAGAGAGAGCACUUGUGUAUUUCUAAUGAAAUAUGGGACUGUCUAGAUGACAUAUGACAGAAAAACAUCUCACAAAUCAUACAAAUUCUAGACCGUUGGACCAUUUUAAGAUUUC